AGUAGCGCCCGCCCCUGAAAACCUUUCAUUCAUCUGCCAUCUGAAACUUUGAAGCGGUGGUUCGUGCCGUUCAUAACCUCAGUUCCACCGCCUUCCGCCGCCGACAUUGACGGCCAAUCAAAACUUACGCCGGCAUGGAUGAGGAUCCGGCCCCAAUCCCCGCCCAAUUACCUCUGCCGGAAUCAUUUCUCGAUUUCCUCAAUAAGAACGGCUUGGAUCCUUCGAUCUACGCCACCUCUCGCUCUACGCCUCGCUAUAUUAGGUUGAAACCUGGCUGCGAGCUUAGUAAAAUCGAGUCCGAGUUUAACUGCGAGCUCAAACUAGUCCACUGGCUGCGCGACUUCUACUAUCUCCCCCCUGAUGUACGGAUCGCUGGCACGAAGGCGUAUCGUGAAGGGAAGAUAUACGGCGUAGACGCGGCCUCAGGGGCGGCUGUUUUAGCUUUGGGUGUUUCUCCGGGCGAUCACGUCCUCGACCUGUGCGCGGCUCCUGGUGCUAAGCUCUGUAUGAUUCUGGACCUUCUUGGAUCGUCUUCAGGUUCGGUGACAGCUGUUGAUAUUUCUCAGCACCGGUUGGCCGCCACCCGAACCAUGGUGCGUAAAUACGGCCUCGGAGACCUUUGCCGCCUGUUUGUUGCCGACGGGACCACAUUUUCCCUCACUCAAUCGAGGGCUUCUCGGCCGAACCUUGAAAACUCCAAGACCUACGGCCAGUGGACCCCACGCAGACCGUAUAAAGAACGAAAGAGUGCAGCCAAAGCUAGGCAGAAACAAAUCUCCGGCAGCCCGGAGCUCAUAUUCUACGGACCUCAAUCUGGUGUGGUCGGUUCUACCAAAGACUUGGUGUACCGUAGCUACAGUGACCUGGAGAUCUCGUUGGAGUUGGGCUAUGAUAAAGUUCUUGUGGAUGCAGAGUGUACUCAUGAUGGCUCGAUUAAGCACAUUCAGAAAUUCGAGCAGUGGGGCUGGGCCACACUCUCGGCCCGCGUGCUGAAUGCCGAGAGGACGGAUGAAGAUGUGACUGUUUUGCAGCUGAAGUUGCUGGUGAAUGGAUUCAGGCUUUUGAAGGUUGGGGGAUCUCUUGUUUACAGCACGUGCAGCUUGACAGAUGCUCAGAAUGAAGGUGUGGUGGAGAAGUUUCUUUCGGAGAAUUUGUCGGCUGAGUUGGUGAAGAUUGAAGCUGCCGAGAGCUGGCCUUGUAGCACUGGAAGGAUACACAAGACUCUAAGAUUUGAUCCGCUCACAUCGGGGACGAGUGGGCUUUUUGUUGCCAAGUUCACAAAGCUGGCUACUUGAUUCUUUUUUUAUGCGGUGGUGUACUGGUAAAAUCCAUCAUCGUAAAAUCACAACUUGAUGAACUCGACUACAAGAUGGAAUCAUUUUGUGAACAAAACUCGAGCACGCAUCAACAUUUCAUAUCGGUGGAUAGUCUUGGGGCCUUUUAGUUGCUACUCAUGCUUGUCGAGACAAUUUGCCGAUGUUUUCCUUCCGUAACAGGUUCUCACUGUUUGUGUUUUUUUCACACCUUUGAGCUACUACACUUCGAUAUCAUUUUUAUCUGUAUACUUUUAUGUCAAAGUAUUGUAGUAUUUAUUAGGUAGUGGUUAUCUAUUGAUCUAAAGAUUGGCCGUGCAGUUGUUGAAUUCUCGUUUAUUAGGUGCUACGAUGAUCGCAUCAUCAAUUCAUGGGAUUGUGAUGGGAUCACACCAUACUCAAUGAACAAUUGGAAUCAGACCCUGACAAAUCAUAGUUGUAAAUACCUUGUGGGAGCAAAUAAUUCAAUAUGCUGUGAUUUUUAUUUUUUUAUUUAAUUUAGAAAUGAUUGGGUCGGUUAUACCAUCCAUUAUCAACCUCAACACAGCUCUAGAUCUUGAGCAAUUUGGCUGGCGUGAGCUGGAGGUUUUCAUACAAUUAAUUGUAACUUGACCAGACCAAAAUCCAGAUGUACUAUUUUCUCAGAACAAUUUGGGAAAAAUCUGGAUUGAUUUGCUUGCCCAGUUUUGUACCAUUAACAAGAAAAUCAAGAGAAAGAAAGUAGUGAAC